AUGGACGUCAGACAAGUUGCGCAAAAGGCAUGGACGAUGAAUCGUUUCCUUGCCGACCCUUCCAACAACCCCAUCUCGUACCGCAGGGUGUGGACCAACCAUAUACUCGGCGAGUACCUACGCCCAGGCACCCUCACCAACAGCUCCACAUACUUCCAAACAUGUUGGGAAGCAUGGUUACAGCUGUAUCGUGCCACGUACGACAAACCAUUCACCGAGUUUGGUCCCUAUCUUCCAAAGCACAUCCCUGCCAAGGAGGGACCCGACCAGCCAAAUACACCAAUCGAAUUAAAGCAAAUCUACUCUGCUCUCCAAGCAACCAGACUACCAAAGGUCAACCAAAAGACCGUCGGUCAAAGAGAGAUCGAGGCUCUCUUUGGUACCAACAUCGAGCAAAUAUUUGCCGUCGUGGCAAGCGUCAAAUGCACGACAGCAAGAGACACCCUCUUUCGUUUCUUUGCCAGAAUAAUGAAACGUACCCCAGCUGACACCAAUACAAUAUGCUACGCAUGCCACACUGUAUUCGAUGGGGAUACACACACAUCUCCAAUCAUACACCAUUUAGAGAAAGAGAUAGAAACAGAGAACUAUGGAAACUCAGUUCCCAUUGCUGGUCAAACAAAGACUUCAAUCAAUAAAACUUCGCAAUCGAAAGAGUAG